GGAGACAACUCGAGGUUUUAUCCUAAACUCUGUGAUCGCAUUCAGUUAAAUCCCGACUAAAGUUUGAGGGCUCGUUUUAAAUUCAUUUUUCGUAAUUACGAGAAUUUGCGAUAUCAAAAUACUUGUGAUUGUGACCUCGUCGCAAUAUAAAUAAUCAAAUUUAAACAUCAAAAUGGUGGUCAUGCACGGUUUACUCGAGUUUUAGAAUUUAUUUAUGUACUAGUCUCAUGCAUUAAAUCGUUACCAAAAUAGAAAAUUAAAGUAAAAGUCAGUCAGAAUGCAGAUACUCAAAGUGUCAAAGAUUUUGCUCUUCAUAUUUAUUGGUAUCCCUUGGACGCACUCCAGCAGAACACGCCACAUGUAUGGGGGAAAAGUUCUCAAUAUUGCACCGAAAGCAUGCACUUCAUCCGAGUUUCCCGGAAUCGUGGGAACAUGUAUGAUCAGUUUAGAAUGCCAACAGAGAUCUGGCACAGUUAUUGGAGCUUGUCGUGAUGGACAUUUGUUUGGAGCGUGCUGUUCUGACGCUGCGGCAGAACUUCCAACGGCUGAACCAUUGAAAAAUGCUUCGUCAACUACCCCACUACCACCUCAGCCACCUAAGGAUCAUCUUCAUCAGUCAUUCAAAAUCCCACAGAGCCUUCUUGACCUGGCUAUAUUUAGCAUUGCAUCAGAUAAACAAGAUCACAAAGAAGGGGAAUCUGAUGAUCCGAGCAAUAACUCUGUCACCACGGACAAUCCCAUUGUUGAAAUUUCAACAAUGACAAUGAGUGGUCAUAAUAACACCCUUCGAAAUGUUACGCCAGCCAUUGUUCCCACGCAAAGUACGACCCCGAUUCCAACCACCACAACCAUUUCUACUAUCACCCAAGCCAAAGUAGUGCAUACAACAACCACAACAAUUCCAACGACUACUACUCCCACAAUUCGGACCACGACAACUGCAGCGAGCACAUCACAUGCGCAUCCGAUUUCACAAGAAACUUCCACUACCAAACAAACUACCACUUCGAAAAAGCCAUCAACCGAGCCAACCACGAAAUUUACGUAUGGAAAAAUAAAAUAUUCUCCUCGUCCAGUGAAACUGCGCUCGACAACCGAAAAAAUGAUAUGGACUCGGCCUCCGACCACUGAAGCGUCCUACUCGAUCUUCACAUCCAGCACUGAAGACGAGGAUGAUGAGGAAAUUGGAAACGAAAUUUCGAAACGUUCACCUCAACCUAACACUGCGUCCACUAUAAUGUUAUCCGCCAGCAGUGGCAGUGUUGAGACUAGUACGUUACCAGUACAACAACCUCCUCUGUCCAACGAAGAAGUCGCAACAACUUUAAUAGCUCCCACGAUAAGUGAAAACUCCUUGACGACGCUCCUUGUAGAUGUAACUGCGAAACCUAUCGACACACCAAUUACAACAGAGAAAGUCAGUAGCACUAGCACUACCAAAUCAACGCCUACGAAUACAUACACCACCACAGCCAACUUUGCAUCCUCGUUAGCCCCCAAAACCAAUUCUGCUAAGCAAUCCCGGCUCUCCAAUGAAAUUGAUGAUGAUGAUAGCGAGUCCAGUUCAUCUGCAGGAUGGGACAAUAAAAUUAAUGAAUUUGUCAAUCAGGUCGUUGCGGGUAUUGCAACAGAACUGGACAAGUCCAACAUUGAUGAUGUCGUGUUUAAACCAUCAUCACCAAGUACCCGAAAGACGACAACGACAACGACGACGGCUACUCCACCGCUAAAAAAGAAGGGCAAUAAAAAUUCAACAAAAUCAAAGCACUCGUCAAAGUCUAAAAAUUCAACUUCCAAUAAAAAGAAAAACGUUGUACAAACUACCAAGCGAAUCCCAUCAAAGAACAAGACUAAAAAACCUUCCAAGAAGAAAGUUUCGCCCCCAUCUGAAAGUGUAGAGAUUGAACGGGACGUGUUGGACUAUAGAGAAGUUUGUGGCGUGAGACCUCUUGCACGACAUAGUCGAAUCGUUGGAGGAAACCCAUCCAUACACGGAAAUUGGCCAUGGAUGGCUCUAGUUAAAGAAACUGUGUGGUGGGGAAUAUUUUCCAAAAUUAAGUGUGGUGGAGUCCUUAUUGACGAUAGGCAUGUUUUGACUGCCGGGCACUGUCAACCUCAACAAACUGGAACAUUAUCUGUCGUUUUGGGCGUCACGGACUCUGAUCAUCCGAGUUCACAUGCGGUCACAAAGGCUGUGCGUCGUGUAAUUCGUCAUCCCCAGUUCAAUCAACGAUCUUACGAAAACGACAUUGCAAUUUUGGAACUGGAUACACCAGUUCAGUUUCAACCUCACAUUGUACCAAUUUGUCUACCAGACAUUAAGGAAAAUUUUGUUGGAAAGAAAGGAUUCGUUACGGGAAUGGGAUUGCUCAAGCACGACGGUGAAAGACCUUCAAUGCUGUAUGAAGUUGAUGUACCAAUCCUUAAUAAUACCGACUGUCAGAAAAUGUUUCGAAAAUCUGGAAAUAUGAAACCAAUUAAACCCAGCUUUAUCUGCGCCGGGUAUCGACGUGGACGAAAAGAUUCUUGCGGAGGUGACAGUGGUGGACCACUGUCAGUAAAGCGUAACAACGGUCAGUGGGUUUUAGCUGGUACAGUUUCUCACGGAAUCAAGUGUGCAGUAGCAAAUCAGCCUGGGAUUUACAUGCGGGCGACGUGGUAUCUUCCGUGGAUUGAAAAAGUUUUACGAUCUGCAAGGUCAGACUUGCCAAAAUGUCACGGCCCUCCACCUGUUUGUGAGCGUCCUCAAGCCAGAUCGGGUGGUUUGAUGGACACGCUCUUCAGAAUUUUCAGAAUUGCCAGAAGGCUUUGGAAAACACGAAAAUGAUAUCAUUCUACUGAUCAGAAGAAGCUGCAUAUUAUGUAAUUAUUAAUGAUCUGAGUACCAUCUGUAAAAAAUUUACAUUAUGUACAGGGGUUCUAUUUUAUGAUAUUAGUAUAAGAAUAAGGUGUACAAUAAUGGUGUCUUGUCGGACUAAUUACCAGUAUUAAAACAUAUACUUAGUUUGUGUUAAAUGAUCCACAAUUGCAGUUACUAAGGAUGUGGUUCGGAAAAACUGGAAGUUAUGUACAUGUAUGCAUAUAUACAUAUACUCUUACUUUUCAUAAUGCCAUUUCCAGUGAAAGAACGGAAUAGCAAUAUUCUUAAUCAUUAUAUUCUCCAAAGCGAUGACGUCGUCGGGACGAUCUCAUUAUAAUAUCAUUUUUGCAUUGUAACGUAUUAGACUUGAAUUGAUCGUUCAGCAGAAUGACUUUACAGAAAUCCCAUAUUUUUCUUUGUUCACUGGAUAAAAUCAAAUCAGGUUUUUUACCUCAUCUCCGCCUGGACGAGCUUUUAUACAAAACAAAAUUUUUGCACAUACCAUGCACACCGAGUAAUAUGUAUGUACACACAUGCUUAAGCACCCUAGUCAUGCUAGCGAAUAAUGGACGGUCGCUUUUCUUUCGUGCCCACAGGCAAAGCUUCGACUACCAAAUAAUUGGCUGAAACUUUUACGGUUGCAUUUAGCGUGAAUGUACGUCUUUGUUCUUCGUAGAAAAUGCGACGAAAGGAUGAUUAGAUGGAAAAGUCUUGGUAACACACACACACAUACAUAUGUACAUAUAUGCAUAGUGGGUGAACGGGUACUCAAAAAAUCUCAAAAUUUUCACAUAUAAAAGGAUCCACUUUAUGUCUAAUACACCAUUCAAAUUACUGGAGCAUUCCUUGAGAUUAUCUUUUAAAAAAGAACACAAGUUUUACACUUUCAAGAUGAAGGCCUACUUCGCACUUGCCCUUGUUGCCUGUCUCGUCGUCGCUUCCUUGGCGCAAGAAUCGCAAUCUGCUCCCGCAUCAUUGGUUGGUUCCCCUGCCGCAGAAUAUGUGUCAUUGCCGGAAGAAGACACCUCCGGAGCUCGAGUAAGACGCCAAUUUUACGGGGGGUACGGGGGGUAUGGCGGGGGCUAUCGUGGUUUUGGGGGUGGUUAUGGUGGUGGAUUUGGCAGAGGAUUUGGGGGAGGCUACGGAGGGUACGGACGUUAAAAUUUUUUGCCGACAAGGACAUUGAUUCACAGAUUGGUCGCGAAAUCCUAUUCAAAAAACAAGAGAAAUACGCUGUGAUAUCUUUCAUAAAAAACUGUACUUAUUUGUUGACCUGUUGUAAUUUUUCAGUGAGAAAUAAAUUCGUUUCUGCUUAAAACACGUA